GCCACCCUCGGUUCCUUUCGCAUUAAUUGCUCGCGUCCCGUGCAGCUUCCCUUCCACGCUUCCACACCGCGCGCGCGAGCGCCUGCCACCCGACGCCCGACGGGGGUAGUAUAAAACACCAGGGCGAAACCGCCCGGUCUUCGCAGGCACACCGGGCCAGACCAAGCACGAUCGGCGGCGGCAGUCGGCGGUUGCUCUCCAGCUCGGUGCUCGGCGAUGGGGAGGCGGCUGGACGUGCUGCUGGGGCGGACGACGAAGCAGACGGCGCGGCUCCGGUCGCUGCUGGGGCUGGCGGCGACGCGCCUGGGCGUGGUGCGGGGCCACCGCCAGGUGCGGUGCGCGCAGGCGCGCGGGGACGUCGAGCAGCUGCUCCGCCUGGGCCGCCCCGACCGCGCGCUGGCGCGCGCCGAGCACGCCGUCCGGGAGCAGGACGCGCUCGACGCGCUCGCCGAUCUCGAGGCCUACUGCGGCCUCAUCGCCGAGCGGGCGGCGCUCGUCGACGCGUGCAGGGAGUGCCCCGAGGAGCUGCGGGAGGCGGCGGCGGGGCUCGUGUACGCCGCCGCGAGGUGCGGGGACCUACCGGAGCUGCAGGAGGUCAGGAACAUCCUCGCCGCCAAGUUCGGCAGGGAGUUCGUGUCCGCCGCCUCCGCGCUCCGCAGCGGCUGCGGGGUCAACCCCAAGAUCGUGCAGAAGCUGUCGACCAGGCAGCCGAGCCUCGAGAGCCGCCAGAUGCUGCUCCAGGAGAUCGCUGCGGAGAAAGGGAUCGCCGUGAGCCUCUACGAGCCUCCCUGCGAGGGCUCCGGACGCUCCCACUCCCACCACGACCACAGGAAGACGAAGCAGGAAAAGGAGAGGAUCAGGACGCCACCAGUUGAUGACCUGGAUGAACAUGUCUCCGGCCACUCGGCGCAGAGGUACAAGGACGUGGAGGCGGCGGCGCAGGCUGCGUUCAAGUCGGCCGCCUUGGCCGCAGCCGCCGCGAAGGCAGCCAUGGAGCUCUCGCGUGGGGAUUCCAGGGGGCCCGGCGACAGUAGGAAAACAGGAGCGGCGCAGAUGGAUGAUGAGAGCAAGAAAGAAGACGAGACGGUUGAUGGAAAGAAAUUUGAGAAGAUCGAACAUGCCCGGAAUUACAGUUCAGAGAUUGAGAUCCUGCCGGAUGACGAGGCAAAUCAUGACAACACUGCAGCCAACGAACUGAAGCACCAUGAGCAGAGGGAGCCUGCCAGGGUCAAGCCACAAUCGGUCAGAACAAAGAGGGGAUUUUAGCUGCAAUCAAAUAGCACCAUUGGAAAUGGUUUCGUGAUCUCAAUAUAUUUAGUUGAAUUUUCGCUACAUGCCUGUUGCCUGUAGUUAGAUUCUAUGGCAAUGCUCAUGCCAUACGUGUAAUGUAAAUGAUAAAAAGAGAGAGAGAGAGAAAGAAAUUUGAUUCGUUGCCAGUUUUUUUUUUUUUGAAAUAAAGCCAGGUUGUAAGCAGGGUGCCAAAUCAUCAUAUAUUGCUGUAUGCAUUGUUUUAGAUACAAUCAAAGAGGGUGGAGAAUUUGGUGUCA